AUGACGUCCAACAACACCAACACCACCACCCUCCCCAAACCCCAAGGCGUCCACCUCGUCGGCAGCAUGUGCGGCGCCCCCACCGCCGCCGCCGCCUUCGACAGCGCCCUCUCCUCCUUUCCCGGACGCCUUCGCCGCCUGCCCGACGGCGAGCCCGCGCACCGCGGCACCUUCAUCGGGUGGCAAGCCGGCACCUUCGCGCACACGCCGGCUCUGCUGCGCGCCUACGACGAGCAUUUCAACGCCCUCCCACAGCCGCCCAUCUCGCCCGCCGAAGCCGCCGCCGUCGUCGCGGCGAUGCCGAAGCCGCUGCGGCCGGGGUACGAUGACGCGGCGCUGGAGUCGUGGGAGGUGUUCAAGGGGAAGAAGGAGAGGGGAGAAGUGCCGCGGGAUGCGAGGUUUUUGGUGUGCCUGCCGACGCCGUUUGCGGUGUUGUGUCUUGUGCGGCCCGAGUUCCAGGAGCUGGUUGAGCCGCUGUAUGAGGAGGCGCUGGUGGAUGGGUGUCUGAGGCGGAUCAUGGAGGUCGUGCCGAGGGAGGAGUUGGCGGUGCAGUGGGAUGUUGCGGCCGAGCCGAUGGCGCUGGAGCGCGUGUUUGAGCCGCAUUUUGAGCCGUGGUUUGGGAGUGGGGAUGAGGAGAUGUUUGAGGGGUUGGUGGACAGGGUUGCGCGGAUGGUGGGGAAGGUGGGCGAGGGCGUGGAGGUGGGGAUUCAUGUUUGUUAUGGGGAUAUGGGGCAUAAGCAUUUUGUGGAGCCGAAGGAUAUGGGGUUGAUGGCGAGGGUGGUGCGGGAGAUUAAGAGGAGGGCUACGAGGGAUAUUGAUUGGGUGCAUAUGCCUGUGCCGAAGGACCGGGAUGAUGAGGAGUAUUUUGCGCCGUUGAGGAGUUUGGAGCUGGGGAAGACGGAGCUGUAUCUUGGAUUGGUUCAUGCGCAUGACAAGGCGGGCACGGAGAAGAGGGUGAAGACGGCGCAAACAGUGCUGGGCAGUUGUGGGUUUGGUGUGGCUACGGAGUGCGGGUUGGGGAGGACGCCGGUGGAGGACCUUGCGUCGAUUGCGGAGAUCAGCUGUAGGAUUGCGGAGCCGGUGUGCUGA